AUGGCUCCAGCGUUGGGAAAGCUGGUACGCAUGCGGGCUCUGCGAUCAGCUGAGUUACCAGCACACUCCGAUCUAGCGCCUCAGCAGAGCUCGGUACCACCACCAGAGCUGCAACGAUUCGUGCUUGAUGUACUAGAAGAAGCGGAAGGCUUUAUGAGCCAGUACUUGGUACAGACGUUCAAGGUCAAAGACAAGAGCAAGAAGUCGCCGCCGUCAACCGCUUCAGUUGAGCUGCUGUCGCACGAGAUAAAUGCUACGGACAUCCCGAAAGAGACCAAAACGGCUGGGGCAGGGAGUACUACUGAGACAUGGUUUGCGCGGGCUAGUGUGCAUGAAAAUGCUGCGAAAGAAGGUACCGCAAGCUGGGACGAGUUCGACCAGGGACUCCGAGCCAACCACAGUCAGCAUGAGAUGGAGUACACACCCGGCGUGCAAGAUGCUCACAAGAUACUAGACUGGAACAGCGACCUCGAGGCAGUGGGAAGAAGGGUCGGUACGUGGGAGGAUGUAGAGAUGGGCCUCGUAGAGAUGGUACACCACAUCCCACCGCCGCUCAACGAUCGAUGCUUCUCGGUCUUGAUCGUUACAGCGAAGACGGCGCAAGAUUUCCUCGUCGUGCAGAUACCUAUUGAUACCAAUGGCAUGCCAGGUGCAAAGUAUCUGACCAAGGGAAAGCUUCAGCAUGGCAUGUACUGCAGUGUAGAACGCGGCGAGUUGCUCGAGCACGGCAAGAAGGUGAAGUGGCAGAUGGCGACGGCAAGCGAUGCCAAGGGCAUACUACCCAUGUGGGCUCAGAAGAUGGGUGUACCGGGCGCUGUCGUGAAAGACGUAGGGCUAUUCAUCGAUUGGACCUCAAAGAGACGAGCAGGCAAGGCCUGA